UCUCCCAUAAUUCCUUGCGUGUCUGGCCCGUUACAGACAGGCCAUUAUUGUCCUUAAAUUUUACGAUUAAUUCUACAAGUUAAAAUCUUUUACAGUAAAAACGAUAACCCAAGACACACAGCGAUAUGCCUAAGAAUAAGGGAAAGGGAGGUAAAAAUAGGAGGAGAGGAAAGAAUGAGAACGAAACAGAAAAACGUGAGUUAGUUUUCAAAGAAGAUGGACAGGAAUAUGCUCAAGUCACAAAAAUGCUGGGCAAUGGUCGGCUGGAAGCUAUGUGCUUUGAUGGAGUUAAGAGGUUAUGUCACAUACGAGGAAAACUUCGAAAGAAGGUGUGGAUCAAUCAAGGAGACAUAAUUCUCAUUGGCCUCAGAGAUUAUCAAGAUGCCAAAGCCGAUGUCAUCCUCAAAUAUACUCCAGAUGAAGCAAGGAAUCUUAAAACCUAUGGUGAAUUUCCAGAAUCAGUUAGGAUUAAUGAAACUGUUACAUUCGUCGAAGAAGGAUUUGACGAAGAUAUUGAAUUUGGUGAUGACAUUAGUUCGUCAGAUGAAGCUGAUCCUGUAGAUGGUAUAUGAUGUCAAAAACUCUAUAAUGGAACCUUUAAACUACCAUCAUUAGUAACUUAUCAAUGUAAUUUCCCAUUUUAUUCAACGGAUAAAGUUAUAAUAAAAGUUUAAUGAAUCUUUACUUUUGCACACAAGGGUCUAAAUGCAAA